GAUGAUUCGACAUUCGAAAUUCGAAAAUCUAGUAACUUGUUGGGCCGCGUGUGGCAGCAGUGGCUCUUGGCCAGCCUGUUUCGGUGAACAGCAGGGAGAGCUAGUGGUGGGAUCGAGAAUGACAAAGAUGGCAGCAACCAGCGAGGAGCGGAGCGCUAUGGAGCCUUCAGGUACGAAUUCAGGGCAAAGUCAGCCAACCGAUCGUUUGAAGAUGCUCUACCCGAUGGUGAACGAAGAAGAAACGCCAUUGCCGCGAUCCUGGAGUCCAAAGGAUAAAUUCAACUACAUAGGCCUGUCGCAAAACAACCUCCGUGUCCAUUACAAAGGUUAUGGAAAAACACAUAAAGAUGCAGCAAGCGUCCGCACAAUGCAUUCAAUACCGGCAGCAUGUGGCUUAUAUUAUUUUGAAGUAAAAAUAGUGAGCAAAGGUCGGGACGGUUACAUGGGAAUUGGUCUGUCUGCUCACGGCGUAAAUGUAAACAGACUUCCUGGAUGGGAUAAAAAUUCUUACGGUUACCACGGUGACGACGGGCACAGUUUUUGUUCAUCCGGAACGGGUCAGCCUUAUGGUCCGACAUUUACAACAGGAGACGUUAUUGGUUGCGGAGUAAAUUUGGUGGAUAACACCGCUUUUUAUACAAAAAAUGGACAUCAUCUUGGAAUAGCGUUCACUGACCUUCCUCCAAACUUGUAUCCAACGGUCGGACUCCAAACACCAGGAGAGAUCGUCGAUGCAAAUUUUGGUCAGGCUCCUUUCGUAUUCGAUAUCGGUGACAUGAUCAAUGAGCUGCGUGUCAGAACGCGAUUGCAAAUAAUAGAUUAUCCAACGCCUGAUCAUGGCCAAGGACAAUGGCAGUCUGUCCUACAUAAAAUGGUAUCGACGUAUCUUGUUCAUCACGGAUAUUGCGCGACUGCCGAAGCCUUUGCCAAUAGCACUGGACAGGUCUUUGAAGAAGAGAUAAAUUCUAUUAAGAAUAGACAAAGAAUUCUAAAGUUGGUUUUAGCGGGACGAAUGGGUGAAGCUAUAGAGCUAACAAGCAGGUUAUACCCUGGUCUAUUAGAUCGAGAUCCAAACCUUAUGUUCGCCCUGAAGUGUCGUCAAUUUGUCGAAAUGGUAAAUGGUAGUGAUUCAGAGGUGUGCCAGACCGGCAGCAGCGAAAACCAAACUAGCGUUAUACAAUCGACCAAAGCAUAUAAUACAAAAUCAUCGACAAACGGUAGUGUAGAAGAAAUGAACUUAAAUAAUACUCUGAAUGGUGCUGGAGAUCAACAAAUCAUCAACGGGCAAAUCGAGGAUGACGUCGACAUGGAAGAAAACAGUGUAAAUGGCAUCAAUGGCGUUAAAACUGGGAAUGGGUAUCAAAAUGGCGACCUAAACACUAACGGACACAAGUGUGAAAACGGGGGCUUUGAAGAUAUGGAGGUAGACAACUCAAAUCAAAAUCAGCAACAAAAUGGCAAUAGUAGUAACAACGUCGACAAUCCGAGCAGUAAGAGUAACAAGAAAUUACUGUGCGGAGGUAACAAGCAGGCGGUCGAAAAGAUGUUGGAAUUCGGAAGGCAGCUGUACUCCCAGUCUAUACACCUAAGGCAACAGCACGGUAAAAAUGAUGCGAAUAAAAAAAUGCUCCAAGAUGCAUUUAGCUUGUUGGCAUAUUCGAACCCGUGGAGUUCGCCGGUUGGUUGGCAGUUGGAUUCCCAACAGAGAGAAACUGUCUGUGAUAGGCUGAACUCCGCGAUACUUGAGUCCAGUAAUCUACCACGACGACCCCCGCUCGAAGUUGCCGUCUCACAUGCCAGAGAAUUAGUUCGCUUAAUGUCGAGUGCGGGUCUCGGUGCCUGUGGUUUUGCAGUUGUGGAUAAUAUCGUUCAAUAUUGACGGUCCCUACCUCUGCUUCCACGGCCGCCUCUUCUGCCUGCUCGAGUGUGGGUGCGAAGGCGAAACGUGGAGCAGAUUGUUUUGUUAACUCAGCAACAUCGCGACAUCGCGUUCCUCUUCAGAUAGAGUAAUUCGAUAUAUCGUCGAUCUUGUUGUUAAGGGCUCGAUCUCACACUACAAACAACAACAAAAUGUUAUAUACAUA